AUGAGCCGCAAGCGUGCACAUCAACAAAUCGGCGCUGAACACGACGAUUUAAUUGCACCGAAACGACUUCGAUUCUCCAGACCCGCAAUGCGAUUCAUCGAUUUUCCAACGGCAAUGAGCAAUUUCGGCAAUCUUCACACUAUCAACAAUAUCGACGCGAAUCAUGUCGAUUGGCCACUCAUCAAAGGCGCCGAUUUAUAUGACGAGCCGGUUGUUCAAAAUUGGGACGUUCCCGACACCGUCGACUCGUCUCGAUUCGCGUUUGUUGCCUCAAAAUUGAUGACGAGAGCCGGCGAUAGCGCAACUCCCAACAUCGAAUGCGUAAAUCUUGUGCUGAAGACGAUAUGCGCCAAUCUCGUCGCAUAUUUGAAUAAAAUGUACAAGGCGAGUGUGGCUGCCAAAAGAGCAAAUCUUCCGAUGCUCGAGAUGUUCGGCCGCAUUUGGCGAAUCUAUCCAGAUCUCCAGAAAGUCAUCAUCAAUAAGACCGACGCCAGAUUGAGGCAAAUCGAAACCAGCUGCGCCGCCGAAGGCCGCUUCUUAAGCUUUUGCCAACCUGACGGUUAUUGCGACGAUAUGAGCGCGGUUCGAUUUCACGAGUUGCUCGGCUUGCCGCCGCUCGAGACCAACCUCAUCUAUCAAAUCGAUUAUCUCGCGUUGGAUCUGAUUAAAGUGAUUGUGCAACGCGCGUCACGAUUCCGACCGUCCGAUAAAAACGCGCCAAUCGAAUUGGAGCAUUACAAUUGCGCCAUCAAUUCAACAUCUGAUCUACUAUUUGGCAUCCCAUUCGAAAUGGAUAUCCCGCAAGUGGAAAUUAAUAAGGCGACACGUCAAAUUAAUCGCACCAACUCAAUGUUCAUGGACGACGGCGACGAUCUUCGAACGAUGGACAUGUUCUACGAGAUGCGCGCUCUCGAGCAGAAGCAGCUCAGCGCGUUUAAUGCAGCCGUCGUCACCGACAGCGACGACAAAGACAGCGACGAGGAUCACGCCGAUGAUUUCGAUUACUAUGCUAUUCUAAUACUCAGACCGUAUUAUCGACUUGUGCACAACGAAUGGCGCGCACGCUAA